AUGAAGAUGAAGAAGAAGGUGAAACCACCUCCUCCUGACGUGGUGAGUGAAAGCGCUGGUGCAGACGCUGAUCCGUCCACGCAGGAGAAACGGCGUCUGCGACUCUCACCGAGCGACAGCUGCUUCUUGGAGUUCCUGAACAAGGACCGGCGGGCGCGUGCCACGUUCUGCGACAUCGCCGUCGGUGUUCAGGGGGAGACGUACCACGCCCACAAGGUGGUCCUGGCUUUCGGGAGCACCUACUUUCAUACGAAAUUAACCGAGGACCCUCAGCUGGAGCGCCUCGCGCUGGACAACGUUGAAAGCUCCGUUUUUGGGCUCCUGCUGGACUUCCUGUACACGUCCGAACUCGAGGUGGACGAGGUCCGGAUCCCGGCUUUGGCCGAGGCCGCUUGCUUCUUCGACAUGAUGGAAGCCGUCAAUCUUUUAGCGGGUGAGGUGGCGCCAACAGGGGAGCAGGCGGAUCACGAGGAACGUCCUGAGGAACGUCCUGAAGAACCUGAAAGUUCUCGUGUAUGUGAAGUUCCGACUCCUCAAACUCCUGAGGAUUUUCGGUGCACCCUGUGCGCCCGGACGUUUCGCCACCAGAAAUCGUUACACAACCACGUGAUCAAGAUACACAGCGAUGCUGAGGGCACCAAGGCUACAGGUUCUUCUGGUUCCUCAGGUUCCUCGGUCAGCGAUCCCAGACCGGCGCGUCGGUUGAGGUCAGCGAGCAAGUUUGACACCCAGGAGACCAAGAAGGAUCUCAAAAUGCACGAGGAUACGCACUCUGAUGAAGGAACCUCCUCCGCAGAGGACGAGGAAUACAUCCAUGAAGAUGAAGAUCAGGAGCUAGAAGGAAACAAGGGAAAAGACUCGGUGGAACGGGAAGCGAGCGUGAUGAACGAGGAGAUGGAGGAAGGUUCCAGCAAUGCUCCGGUGGCUCCAUGCACCAAGGAACCCGUUUACCCAGAAGGCCUUGCUCCACUGAUCAUCCAGAAUGGCACUAAGAAGACCCUCAAAUGCCCCAAAUGUGAGAAGAUGUUCGAUCGAGUAGGUAAAUACGAGAGCCACACCCGGGUCCACACCAGAGAGAAGCCGUUCCAGUGUGAGGUGUGUCUGCAGCGCUACUCCACCAAAUCCAACCUCACCGUGCACAAGAAGAAGCACGCGGCCGACGCCCCGGUGCAGAGGAAGGACCACAAGUGUCCGUUCUGCUUCAAACUCCACGCCAGCAGGAAGACGCUGAGCAAGCACGUCAAGAGGUUCCAUCCUGACGGCCUGCAGGAGUUUCUGAGCCUGAAGAAGAAGAAAAGUGAAGGAUGGAAGUGUGACAUCUGCCACAAGUCCUUCACACGGCGCCCCCACCUGGAGGAGCACAAGAUCCUUCACUCCCAGGAUCGACCGUUCAAGUGCGCCUACUGCGAGGAGAGCUUCAAGUCCCGCUUCACCCGCCUCAAGCACCAGGAGAAGUUCCACCUCGGUCCGUUCCCGUGUGACAUCUGCGGCAGGCAGUUCAACGACACCGGCAACAGGAAGAGGCACGUGGAGUGCACGCACGGCGGGAAGAGGAAGUGGACGUGCUUCCUGUGCGGGAAAUCGGUCCGGGAGAGGACGACGUUACGGGAGCACCUGAGGAUCCACAGCGGAGAGAAACCUCACCUGUGCAGCAUCUGCGGUCAGAGCUUCCGCCACGGCAGCUCCUACAGGCUCCAUCUCCGCGUGCACCACGAUGAUAAACGUUACGAGUGUGAGGAAUGCGGUAAAGCUUUCAUUCGACACGACCAUCUGAAGAAGCACAGGAAAAUACACACAGGUGAGCGAGCGCAUCAGUGUGAGGAGUGCGGGAAGUGUUUCAGACGCGCCGACCACCUGAACGUCCACUACAAGAGUAUCCACCUGGGAGAGAAGGUCUGGAGGAAGUACAAGGCGGUGGUGCACCAGUGUGAGGUCUGUAAGAAAGAGUUCAAAGGAAAAACCAACCUGAUGAUGCACUUCAGAACUCAUUCAGGUGAGAAGCCUCAUCGCUGUGAGAUCUGCAACCAGACGUUUCGCAUCAAGAAGACUCUGACCAAGCACAUGGUGAUCCACUCGGAGGUGCGACCCUUCAGCUGCCCGCACUGCAGCGCCUCCUUCAAGCGCAAGGACAAGCUCAAGUACCACAUGGACCACGUCCACAGCACGCGCCCCCUCAACCCGGCCCCGCCUCGAACGCCCAGCGCCCCCCAGACAUCCCAAACCCACGAACCGUCGGCUCAGGCGCCCGGACUGGCCGAGGUGUGCGUCCCGGUGGCCCUGGUGCCCGUCCGGAUACCCGAGGACGCCGGGGCGGAUCUGCACCAGCAGCAGUCGGCCGGGUACCAACCCUCCGCCGACCUGGUGUUCCUGGAGAAAUACACGCUCACCCCUCAGCCGGCCAACAUAGUGCACCCGGUGCGCUCGGACCACGUCCUGGACGCCAGGGAGCCGGCGUACUUCGGCACGCUCCUGGGGCUGGACUCCGCCUCUUCUGAGCAUGCUCAGUAGCACUUUUGUUAUUCUAUUUGCACACGCUGGUCUCAGUCAUUCACCGACUCCGUGCAGUUCCUCGACCAGCCAGCAGAGGCCGCCAUUGUACUCAUCGGCCCGCCCUCCCUCAAACACAGGCAGUGGUGUCUGUCUGGGCGCUCGACCCGGACGAUAGCAGAGCUGAGAUUGGAACUGGAAAAACAUUAUUAGCUAAAAAUAAGUGACGCAUUGGGAUGAGCGUUCUGAGCAUGCUCAGUGUACCAGGUAUUCAUCCUAUGGAACAGCGUAUGAACUGAUGACGUCACUUUCAUGUGUUUGAACAAAUACCCGACAUACACCGAUCAGCCAUAACAUUAAAACCACCUCCUUGUUUCUACACUCA